ACAACUUCCGGAAGUAGUAUACGUCAUUGCCAACAGAUUCAUAUUUCCAUCGCAUUUACAUUGCUGAGAAAAAUCGUCGGUUUUAGCGGCGUAACAUAUUGCAAAUAAGUGCGAAAUAUUGUGAUAAACUUCUCCUAGUAUUAGUUAAUCUAGUUCAAUUUUAAUAAAUUCAAUAUGUUUAUCUUGGAUUGGUUCACUGGUGUCCUCGGCUUCCUUGGUUUGUGGAAGAAAUCAGGUAAACUAUUGUUCCUGGGCCUAGACAAUGCGGGCAAGACCACUCUGCUGCAUAUGUUGAAGGAUGACAGAUUAGCGCAGCACGUGCCAACAUUGCAUCCCACAUCGGAGGAGCUGUCUAUAGGCAGUAUGCGGUUCACGACGUUCGACCUGGGCGGGCAUCAACAGGCCCGCCGCGUGUGGCGCGACUACUUCCCCGCCGUCGACGCCAUUGUGUUCCUGGUCGAUGCCUGCGACCGUCCGCGCCUGCACGAGUCCAAGGCCGAGCUGGACUCGCUGCUGACGGACGAGACGCUCAGCAACUGCCCCGUGCUGAUCCUCGGCAACAAGAUCGACAAGCCCGGCGCCGCCAGCGAGGACGAGCUGCGGCAGUUCUUCAACCUCUACCAGCAGACCACUGGAAAG